AUAAAUGGCCCAGUGGUUUUAUAGGUUUAGUGAUUUCUAGUGUACAGUUUAAUAUUUGGCCAUUAUAAAAAACAGAUACAAAGAUCGUUUAAUUUGCAAAUAAUCAGAUUUUUUUUUAGUGGGUUUAAUUUUGAGUUAAUACUAAAUUAAAGUGGUUAGUAAACAAAUUGUAGCCGGAUUAUGUAACACUCUAUAGAGUACAGACCGAACGUUAGAUUGGCGAUACAUAUUUAGUUUUACAGCUCUUUUUUUAAAAACGUUUAAGUCUUAGCGGUAAAUUUAGAAAUUCGUUAUGCUCAUUGCACAUGUAUUAGCAAUUUCUUUAUCCGUGUUUGUUCCGUUUUCGGACGGUCAGUUCGCGUACCCUAUAGACCCAAAUCCACCUUCUAUUAGUUCGACAUUUUCUUGCUAUGAAUGCAGUGGAAAUAGAUGCGACGAACAGCAAGUACAAGGCACCCAUGUUGAGAAUAGUUGCACAGGAUCGCGAGUGGCUUGUUGGACAGUACGAAACAUGCAUACUUUAUCAUACACGCGUACCUGCGAGCAGCCGUCUUCAAUUAGACAAGGUGUCUUCUGUAACCGACAUAUGGAAGGAAAAGAGUUCUGUUUUGCUUCUACCGUUGGUGGGCAGAGGAUUCGAAUAUGCGCCAAGUGUUGCCUCUCAGAUCGUUGCAAUGCAGGAUCGUUGACGGGCGUUGCAGACCAGACACUUCAAACAUGUGUUGCCUGCGAUGGAACGACUGAAGGUAUUUGUAACAUGGAGGUCCCAAUGAACUCUGGGAACUCGACAUAUGUUGAGCAAUGUUUACUCCCUAACUCUGACUGCUGGACCGAACGGAGGGUGAGUUCAACAGGCAAUGUAUAUGUACGAGGUUGUCAACUACGUACGUGUGCUCAAAACGGACAAGCAGAAGAAUGCGUUGCUAACAGUAACACUGGAAUGACUACAUGCUCGCAGUGCUGCCUUGGACAGUUAUGUAACCGUUUCGCUAAAGCUGAUGGAGCUAAAACAUCUUUUAAAUGGUCAACACUGGCAAUAUCUUUGACUGCUGUUUUUAUGUAUAUUUAACAGUAUGCUGUAGCAGUUUACCGUGUACAGUGUAUCGUUAGUAUAUAGUGGAUGUGGAUAUAAGUACUAAAUUACAAUAAACUGAACAAAUAAUCCAG